AUGGCGAGCAGCCCUUCUAGCAAGAAAUGGCUUCCUCUUGAAGCUAACCCCGAUGUUAUGAACCAGUUUAUUUGGGGACUUGGGGUUGCACCGGAUGAGGCAGAAUGCUGUGAUGUUUAUGGGUUUGACGACGAAUUAUUGGAAAUGGUUCCGAAGCCAGUGCUUGCAGUGCUGUUUCUGUAUCCCUUGACUUCACAGCUCUUUUACUUCUGUCUACAAUAUGAAUUUAUGAUUGAUGCUCAUGUUUUUUGCAUACAGGAGCCAAGCAGUGGGGUUUAUUUUAUGAAGCAAACUGUUGGAAAUGCCUGUGGAACAAUCGGUCUUCUUCAUGCUGUUGGAAAUAUCACUUCCAGGAUAAAACUCGUUGAGGGUUCUUAUUUGGAUAACUUUUUCAAAUCCACUGCAAAUAUGAAUCCAUCUGAGCGUGCUGCAUUUCUUGAAAAUGAUAGAGAAAUGGAAGUUGCUCACUCAGUUGCAGCUACGGCUGGUGAUACAGAGGCAUCAGAUGAUGUGAACACUCAUUUUAUCUGCUUUUCAUGUGUUAAUGGGCAACUGUAUGAGCUCGAUGGGAGGAGGGCUGGACCAAUCUCUCACGGUGCAUCUACUCCAGGCACUUUAUUACAGGAUGCUGCUAAAGUCAUUCAAAAGAUCAUCCAGAAAAAUCCUGAUUCAAUCAACUUCAAUGUGAUUGCACUCUCGAAGAAAAGUGAAGCUUUCGAAUCAUGA